AUGUUUCUCGGCGGUAUUGCUUCAUUGGCCAUUUUCGCUGUCUGCGGGAUGGCAGCUCCAGGUCAGGAUAUACGGAAUGGUACUCCUUAUGAGCUAGUUUCCAACCCCUCUAGCCAGCGGGUUACCUCGUCAGAAGCCUUUUCAACUGGCGCCGGCAACUCUAACAAUGAUAACAUUUAUGAUGGUACUGGGAAUGCUGGUACUGAUCGGUAUAACUGCUACUACGGUGGCUGGGAAAACUUCCCACCUUCAUCUAAAUGGGUUGAGUUUGAUGCCAUGUGGAACUAUUCCAAAUCUGCAAUGUCAACAUCAUGUUCCGACCUUGGUAUUGGAUCAUGCUCAGAUGGAGUGGGGGCAUUUGGUGACGGCGACACCGGCGAGCAAAUCGGGUUGAUCUGGAAUGCUAUUCAGCAGGUUGCCGAAACUUCCUUCGUUGAUCAUCGCUUUAUCCUCGCCACAAUCCUACAAGAGUCUUCUGGAUGUGUCAAUGUAUGUGCAUCGACGAAUCCAGACCCCUCACAGCCAGAUAACCCAGGUCUGAUGCAAUCUGAUGGCGGUUCAACUUUCAUUGGCAAUUCUGCUAGCGACCCGGAUCAGCAAGCCAGUAUAACACAGAUGAUCAUUGACGGCACUCAGGGAACAGCUGACGGUGAUGGCCUGGUGCAAUGUAUCAACCAAUAUGGGAACCUCUAUGAAGCCGCUCGAUGCUACAACUCAGGUUCCGUUGACAGAUCUGACUUGAACAACGGUGAAGGAGCCACCGACUCGUACGUGAACGAUAUCGCUAACCGACUAACUGGAUGGCUGUAUGCCGACUCAAACUAUAACAACUGUUGA